GCUACGGAGGGAGGGAUACACGGUGCAGGUCAGCGUCAAUGACUACCUGGACAUCUACUGCCCGCACUACAACACCACCCAGCGAGGGACGCUAGAACGUGUCGUGGCCGAGCAGUACAUCCUCUACAUGGUCAGCUACCGCGGCUACCGCACCUGCGACCCCCAGCUGGGAUUCAAACGCUGGGAGUGCAACCGGCCCCAUGCGCCUCACGCGCCCAUCAAGUUCUCUGAGAAGUUCCAGCGCUACAGCGCCUUCUCCCUGGGCUAUGAGUUCAAUGUGGGCCAAGAGUACUACUAUAUCUCUGCCGUCACCCACAUGUAUUGGCAGUGU